AUGUACAACUGGGAAAGUUCCAUGGAAGAUCGAAUACGUCACAUGCGGCAAGAAGAGUUAGGUACCUUACAACGUAUCUAUAUUUUACGGAGUCUUAAUUCUAUUCAUAACUCCAUCUUAAUACCACUUCUUGCACUUACUAUGUUCGGUACUUCUUGGCUGUUAGAUUAUCCAUUGAAUGCUGUUGACUGUUUUACAACUCUAACAUUUUUUGGCCUAUUACGAAACCAAAUUAUGUUUCUCAUGCCAGCAAUAACCGAAAGAUUAACAGAUGUACAAGGUGCCUCGAAGAGAAUCGAUGCAUUCAUGCGCUCGACAGCAACAACACAAAAUCAGCACUCGUCAAAAUCUUCAUCUCAUGACUUACAGCCAGGGCACAUCUUCAUGUCCAACGCUUCUUUCGCUUGGUCCCAUGAUCAGCCUUGUCUUUCGUCACUGAAUAUUAACAUCAAAUCAGGUACUUUUGUUGGCAUUGUUGGAACAGUUGGAGCUGGUAAAUCAUCUCUUCUUGCUGCCAUUCUAGGUGAAAUGAUUUUGAUUGAUGGUCAAUUAAUGACAUAUGGAAGUUCAUUUUCUUAUGCACCUCAAUCAGCAUGGCUAUUCGCAGACACCAUCAGAAAUAAUAUUCUUCUAAAUAAAGCAUUUGAUGAACAACGCUAUCGAGAUGUCAUUCACGCCUGCUGCCUCGAUGUUGAUCUUAGUUUAGUUGGAGUAGCCGGUGAUUUGACAAUGGUUGGAGAAAGAGACGUAGAAACGAAGAAGGAAACAUCCGAAUUGGAUAAUCUGAUCAAUGACAAUACAUUGGCAGCUGAUUCUCAAUCAAUCAUUGCUGAAGAGAUAUCAGUUAGUGGCAAAGCAAAUUGGAGUUUAUGGUAUCGUUUAUUUAUUAUGUCACCGUUGGGUAUCUGUGGUUUUUGUUUAUUGAUUUUACUACUCAUAAUCGGUGAAAUAUUCUACGAUGGUACAAACUAUUGGCUUCGAAUCUGGUUGAAACAUUCUUCUGCUGAUCAACAACGUUUUCCAACACUUGCUUAUAUCUAUUUUGGAUUGAGCAUUACUACCAUAGUGGCAGAUGUGCUACGUGUUAUCUUCUCUUUCUAUAUUAUUCUACAUGGUACGAAUAAUCUACAUAAUGGCAUGCUCAAAGGUGUAUUACAUACAUCGAUACAGUUCUUUGAAAGUAAUCCAAGUGGACGAAUUCUCAGUCGAGCAAGUAAAGAUCAGAAGAUUCUCGAUGAAGUAUUACCGACUGUUCUAAUACCUACUAUGAAGGCAAUCACAUUGUCAGUAGGUUCGAUUGUGGUAAUCUGUCUUGUUAAACCAUAUAUUUUACUCGUCAUUGUGGCACUAAUCCCUUUUGUCUUACUAUUGUGUCGUUUCUAUCUACGAUCGAAUAGUCAACUGAAACGACUUGAAAGUGCAACUCAUAGUCCAAUUUAUGAUCUUCUUUCGUCAUCACUCCAUGGUUCAGUAAGUGUGCGUGCAUUUCGAGUCCAAGAACAUUUCAUGACUGUUUUCACUGAUAGAAUAGAUCGAAACACACGUACUUCCAUCAAUACACGAGGUGCCGGACGAUGGUUUGCCAUGCGACUCAAUCUCUUACCUUUCAUCAAUACGUUCGCCACUGCAAUCCUGUUAGUCAUUUAUCGUCAUGAGAUCGAUUCAUCUCUCAGUGCAUUCUUAUUGAUGUAUGCUAUUUCCAUACCGAAAUCGUUUCAAUUAGCUCUUCAGCAAUUGUUCGAGGCAGAUCUAUUAAUGACAAGUGUCGAACGAAUAUAUGAAUACUCACAACUUCCACCUGAAGAAGAUCAAGGUGGUCAUCAACGUUUAAUCAACACUUCACCGAACUGGCCAAUACGUGGAACAAUUGACUUUCGAAACUACUUCUUAUCUCAUCGAGCAGGUCUCGACCCAGUAUUGAAAAAUAUCAAUAUACAAAUUAGAUCUGGUGAAAAGAUUGGUAUCAUAGGUCGAACUGGUGCUGGAAAAUCAUCUCUCUUCAAAGGUAUCCUUCGUUUCAUACAUAGAUCGAAUGUUCAGGGUGUAGUGCUUAUCGAUGAUAUCGAUAUUAGUCGCAUUACACUGCAACAACUUCGAUCUCAUCUCAGCAUCAUUCCUCAACAACCUGUUCUAUUCAGUGAUACUCUUCGAUACAAUCUUGAUCCAUUCAAUUUCUAUUCGGAUGAACAAUGUUGGAUGGCACUGGAUGAUGUGCAAUUGAAACAAUUUGUGAGCGAUCAUCCAAUGGGUCUUCAGAUGUUGAUCACUGAAUCAGGUAGUAAUUUGAGUGCCGGACAAUGUCAGUUGAUCUGUAUUGCUCGAGCAAUCUUAAAGCAGAGUAAAAUCUUAUUGAUCGAUGAAGCAACAUCUAAUGUUGAUCAAAAAACAGAUACCAUCAUUCAAACAGUAAUUGCUAACAAAUUUCGUGAUAGAACUGUUCUGACUAUUGCACAUCGACUGAAUACCAUAGCUCAAAGUGAUCGAAUUCUUCUACUAGAUGAAGGUUUGGUAGUGAAUUUUGAUACGCCCAAGAAUAUUUUACAACAAUAUCAACAACCAUGUUAA